CGCGCGGCCGCCGCCGCCAGGUGUUCUGUGCUAUGUUGGCGCCGGGCCGGGAGCGGAGAUGCCGGCCGCGGGCCGGGAGUGAGCGAUGACCAGGCUCCUGAGCGUGGCGCACAGAGUCGCUUUGGCCGUGGUGCGCUGCAGUGGCCGCGGCUGCGGGGGGCUCAGCAUGUUCUAUGCCGUGCGGAGGGGCCGCAAGGCCGGGGUCUUCCUGACCUGGAAUGAGUGUAGAGCGCAGGUGGACCGGUUUCCUGCUGCCAGAUUUAAGAAGUUUGCCACAGAAGAGGAGGCCUGGGCCUUCGUCAGGAACUCUGCAAGCCCCAACGGUUCGGAAGGGCAGAAAAACGAACAUGUACAAGAAUCACAAGUGAAAGCCAGCAAGCGACUCCGUGAGCCCUUGGAGGGAGACGAUGGUGAAAACGCAGAGCCAUGUGCAAAGCAUGUGAAACAGAGCACAGACUCCAUACCAUCAGUCAGCAAAGACACGUUUUCUUAUAUGGGAGAAUUUGUCGUCGUCUACACUGACGGCUGCUGCUCCAGUAAUGGGCGGAGGAGGGCACGAGCAGGAAUCGGUGUUUACUGGGGGCCAGGCCAUCCUUUAAAUGUAGGCAUUAGGCUUCCCGGACGACAAACAAACCAAAGAGCAGAAAUUCAUGCAGCCUGCAAAGCCAUCGAGCAGGCGAAGGCUCAGAACAUCAGUAAGCUGGUUCUGUACACGGACAGCAUGUUUACUAUCAAUGGUAUCACAAACUGGGUUCAGGGUUGGAAGAAAAAUGGAUGGAGAACGAGCACAGGGAAAGAGGUGAUCAACAAAGAGGACUUUGUGGAGCUGGAGAGACUUACCCAGGGCAUGGACAUCCAGUGGAUGCAUGUUCCUGGUCAUUCGGGAUUUAUAGGCAAUGAAGAAGCUGACAGAUUAGCAAGAGAAGGAGCUAAGCAAUCUGAAGACUGAAUGAAGUAAUUUUAAUUCUUGGGAAAACUUGAGCUGGUGACUGUUUUCUUACCUUUACUUACUGGUAUGAAAAACGAAACUACAGGAGGACCAUCGCAGUAGAUGGGGAAACAAACUGUCAAACUAAAUCAGGAAGGCUUGGUGGCAUUCUGUGAUACUAUGUGAUAAAAAGUAGUUAAAUGUAUAAUAAAUUGAGCAUCCUUUGAGAUUUGAGAGUUAUUUGAGAUUUCAGCGUUAUGCUUUAUUGGGCUUGAUACCAUUCUCAUUAGUUUUAUUGCAGUCUGGACAAAAAUUUAGGGACUUUGAUUUAAUAAGGAUGAAUAAAACAUUGGUUAAAAAAUACAGACGGGAAGUCUAGAAGUGUUCUGAAAGAGUUCAUUUACCUUCCAGUUGGGAGGAUUGAGUCUAAGGAUUUUCGGGUCACCAUGUGCCUGUGUGCCGGUUACUGCCUUGCCAGGUGCAGCCCAUGUGGGCCCACAGCUUGGCAGAGAAUGUGGGCUGGGUCUUACCUGGCUGGGCACCCAUGUACAGGGCAAGCCUGCACACAGGUAGCCCUGGCUACUCGACCAUUAUAUAGGAACAACUACAACUAUUAAAGACCUAGAUGUGUAAAU